CCGAGGGUGACGUACAGCGUAAACGUCGACGGCUGCGGCUGUCACUCCCAGGGGCUUGUUGCAGAGGAGGAGCUGGCGCCAUGGCGGUUCUGUUAGAGACCACUUUGGGCGACGUCGUCAUCGACUUGUACACCGAGGAGCGGCCGCGCGCCUGCUUGAAUUUCCUGAAGUUGUGCAAAAUAAAAUAUUACAAUUAUUGCCUUAUUCACAAUGUACAGAGGGAUUUUAUUAUACAAACUGGUGAUCCUACGGGGACUGGCCGUGGAGGAGAGUCUGUUUUUGGUCAACUGUAUGGUGAUCAAGCAAGCUUUUUUGAGGCAGAGAAAGUACCAAGAAUUAAACACAAGAAGAAAGGCACCGUGUCCAUGGUGAACAAUGGCAGUGAUCAGCACGGAUCUCAGUUUCUUAUUACUACAGGAGAGAAUCUAGAUUACCUUGAUGGUGUUCAUACAGUGUUUGGUGAGGUAACAGAAGGCAUGGACAUAAUUAAGAAAAUUAAUGAGACCUUUGUUGAUAAGGACUUUGUACCUUACCAAGAUAUCAGGAUAAAUCAUACCGUGAUUUUAGAUGAUCCAUUUGAUGAUCCUCCUGAUUUAUUAAUUCCUGAUCGAUCACCCGAACCCACAAGGGAACAACUAGAUAGUGGUCGAAUAGGAGCAGAUGAAGAAAUUGAUGAUUUCAAAGGAAGGUCAGUUGAAGAAGUAGAAGAAAUAAAAGCAGAAAAAGAGGCCAAAACUCAAGCUAUUUUAUUAGAAAUGGUGGGAGAUCUACCGGAUGCAGACAUUAAACCUCCAGAAAACGUGUUGUUUGUGUGUAAAUUGAAUCCAGUGACCACAGAUGAAGAUCUGGAGAUAAUAUUUUCAAGAUUUGGGCCAAUCAGAAGUUGUGAAGUUAUCCGGGAUUGGAAGACAGGAGAAUCUCUGUGCUAUGCUUUUAUUGAAUUUGAAAAGGAAGAAGAUUGUGAGAAAGCCUUUUUCAAAAUGGACAACGUACUUAUAGACGACAGAAGAAUACAUGUGGAUUUUAGCCAGUCUGUUGCAAAGGUGAAAUGGAAAGGAAAAGGUGGGAAAUACACCAAGAAUGAUUUCAAGGAGUAUGAAAAGGAACAGAAUAAGCCAUCUAAUUUGGUUCUGAAAGAUAAAGUAAAGCCCAAACAGGAUGCAAAAUACGAUCUCGUGUUAGAUGAGGAGGCAGAAGACUCACGAUCAAGUCACUCACACACAAGUAAAAAACACAAGAAGAAAACCCAUCACUGCUCUGAAGAAAAGGAAGAUGAAGACUAUAUGCCAAUCAAAAAUCCUAAUCAGGAUAUUUACAGAGAAAUGGGAUUUGGUCACUAUGAAGAAGAAGAAAGCUGUUGGGAGAAACAAAGGAGUGAAAAGAGAGAUCGACCUCAAAACCGAAGUCGUAGCCGAUCUCGAGAGAGGGAUGGCCAUUAUAGUAAUAGUCACAAAUCCAAAUACCAAACAGAUCCCUAUGAAAGAGAAAGGAGCAAGAAGAGAGAUCGAAGCAGGAGUCCAAAGAAAUCCAAAGAUAAAGAAAAAUCUAAGUACAGAUGAAAAAGAUGAAUCGGAAAUGAAUGGCUGACACAUUUACUCUUGUCCACAGGUUUCUGACUUACAGCACCAAGAAAGCAAGUGUUCAGAAUUUGUGUCAAAACAUUUAAAGACUCUGCUUGUUAUUUUUAUUUUAUUUUAUUUCCAUAUUAGGAAUGUGGCCCUUUUACAUUAAUAUUGAUUGUAUAGGACGAUGAAAAACAAUAAAGAAUUUAACAUUUUCUUUGUUUUUUACACUACUUUUACUGUACAUAAAUGGUAGUCUUCAUUUUUAAAGUCACAUUUUCCAUUCAUCUUUGUUUUUGAAUGAAGUAUUUCACAUGUAUAAGAAAUACAUAAACAUGUAUAAAUUAUGAGAUGUAAAAUACAAUAAAUACCAGUGUACCCAUCAGCCAGUUUACAAAAUAGAGUAUCACCUGCGUUUUCGAAGUCUCCCUGUGUGCCUGCUCCCUCUCAAGUAAUCUGAGUUUUGUAUUUUUCAUUUAACUUGAUUAUUUUUAUAGUUUUAUAACAUAUGUAUGUAUACAUAAUGAAACAUUGUUAAGUUUUGUAUGUUUUUGAAUUGUAUAUAAAUGGAAUAAUG